CGGUAAAAUUAAUACGACAUUUUCAACUUAAAUUUAUAGCCUUUUGAUCUGAAAGAUGAUGAAUCCCUAAGAAGAGCCAUGAAGUAUAGUGACGUAGUUAUCAAUGUAACAGGCGCACAAUGUGAUACGAGAAACUUUACCAUUGAACAAGUACAUAUUGAUUACGCCCGCCCACAUUGCAAGAAUAUCUAAAGAGUUGGGAGUUAAACAGCUGGUUCAUUUAUCUGCGCUCUGUCAGAACAAAAAUCCUCCGAAAUAUGUCCGAAAACCCUCUCGAUAUAUGAUAUCUAAAGCAAUUGGUGAAGAAGAGGUUCUGCGUGAACGCCCGGAUGCUACAAUUUUUAGACCGGCCGAAAUGUGGGGAGAAAGUGAUAAAUUCUUGUGUUAUUUUGCUUCUAAACCUCGGCGAUUCAACAGAAUGCAAAAUGUUUAUAUUCCGUUAUGGGCUCGUGGAGAAAAGACUGUUAAACAACCUGUUUAUGUGGGUGAUGUUGCUCGUGGAAUCGUCAAUUGCUUACAUAAUCCAGAGUCACUAGGACAGAUUUAUGAAGCUGUUGGUCCUCAUCGUUAUCGAUUAGAUGACCUAGUGAAGUGGAUUUACUUCAUUUGUCGAUACUUACCUAGUGAGGUAUACAUUACUUCAAUGAACCCCUGGUUUUUGGCUCGCACUUAUGCACAUGAAAAUCUCGCUCGUUUUCAGCCCUACCUUUGUUUUGAACAGUUAGAGAGAGAAAGUGCUACGGAUAUGUUAUCUGGUUGCCCAACACUUGAUGAUCUUGAUGUCAAGUUGACAAAAUUAGAGGACCGCAUCAAUCACAUCGUAUACAUAUAUCGCCGGCGUCUCUCCUACUGGGACGCUGUUGGUGAAUUUCCAGAACCACCUCCUCCCCCUAUCCAAUUUCAAUAAGUUUCUCUUUAAUCUGGAUUUGAUACUUAGAAUUCGUAGUAUGGUUGUUUGAGGAAUAAAUGUAUACCAACGAUCAAUCAGUGUACAUUUGCGAUUGAAUAUUUUAAAUUGGCUAGUCAAAAUAAUAACGACAGGUCAAAAGUUAGUAAUAGAG